AUGCUGCAGCUUUACCUCACCUCAUCCAGAUUCAGAUCAUACAUCCCUGAUUGGAUCGUUGUAAUUUGCCUAAUAUUCGUCUUUUUCCAAGUUGUUGAGCAUUGGGAACCGUUCCACCGGCAAUUCUACAUAAACGACCCUAGACUAUUACACCCCUUUGCCACCGUUCAACGUGUUACAGAUAAUGAACUAUAUGUCUACUCGACAUUGAUUCCAGGUGUCAGCAUCAUCAUCACCUCGUUGUUUAUUGCCCCUACAAAUGUCGACAAGUUGCAUCUUAUACAGCUAUCACUACUUGGAUUAUUGUUUAGUGUGUCUUCAGUCUCAGUGUUAACUGACAUUCUCAAAUGUUGGAUAGGAAACCCACGUCCCGAUUUUAUUCAGCGUUGUGGACCCGAUCCUCAAACGCCAGUAAAUACAUUGGUUGACAUCAGUGUUUGUACUUCACCGUUGGGCGCUAUGUACUUGUCGGACGGACUCAAAUCGACGCCACUGGGUCAUUCGUCUAUGGCAUUUGGUGGAUUAUUGUACUUGUCGUUAUGGUUCAUUGGCCAACUACGUAUCUUCAAGAGAGAAAAGCAUAGGAUGGGGUUAAUACUAGUGGCUACUUUGCCGGUAGUUUUUGCUGCUUACAUUGCUCUCAGUCGAACCCAAGACUAUCGUCACCAUUUCUUUGAUGUUGCGUUUGGAAGUUUGUUGGGAAUUGUGUUUGCCUGGUUCACAUACUGGAAGUAUUUCGGGCAAUUGACAUCGGCGCUGCAGGAAAGAACAGAAACAAAUUAG